UCGGCACCCGAUAGUGUAAGGUCAGAGUCAGCCGCCGUUCGUCAGUCGAGAACGAACGGGGAUAUCGACAUCACAUCGCACUGACACUCAGCAAACGGGGCACUACUCUCAGCCGUGGACGACCGUUCGAGAUCCCAUCAGCAAGCGAGCGCAGACAAGCAGAGGACUCCGGCAGUGGCGGACUGCUUUUUUUGCCUAUUAUAAUUCAAUGGUUUUAUUUUUAUGUUCGGAUAUUCCAAUAAUAUCGCGACGCGUGGAGAAUAAAUAGCGGGCAACUUUAAAAAUAAAGUGGAAGUACGGUAAUAACAACAAACAAGCGGUGUGAUAUUAAUAGUGCGAAUGUUUUGAAACAUAAGAAGGUGGAUUUAUUUGGGCGAAAAGGAGGUGUGUUCUCUGGGCCAUAUUUUUAACAACGGCAACCGGCGAUUGAUUUAUUCGGUGCAUCGGUGGUUUUUUUUGCAUUUUGAAUCGCAGUGGAAAUUUAAGUGAGAGGAAGACAGUUUUUUUCCUUGGUGUAUUCAAAAGGAUACUAAUUAACGAAUGAAUAAACGAUCGAACGGACGAGAAGCAAAGUUCAAAGUCGAAACCAAAGAAAGUGAGAGCCUUUGCGUGUUGGAACCAGAACCGGAACCGAGGAAAGGAAGAUUCGUGAAAAAAAAAGUUGCUGAGUGUAGAUGGAAAUUUUGAUUCCCAGUAAUCGAAUACAAAACAACGGGAAAAGUGAGUCCUAUUGAAAUUCGAUUUCCAUAUAAAAGUGAAGAGUGCUCAGCAGAAAAAAAACGUGGAAAUAUUGAAUUAUCCUUUAACCUUCCUGCCAGGAAUGUUAUGUACUCGAUAGAGGUGCCCUCCAUUUCCCCAUUCACAACGUCGUCAUCAUCAUCAUCAUCAUCAUCGUCGUCAUCAUCGCCACCGUCGUCGUCGUCGUCGUCGUCGUCGUCGAUGUCGUCAGUGUCGUUGUUAUUGUUAGUGUGCCCAAUUUGAGUGGGUGGUGGAAAAUACCCACGCUUUUCACCUUGACUUGUCGGUGCGGUGCCGACGGCACUUGUGUUGCUGUAGCUGUGUCUGUGUGUGUGUUUCCUUUUACUUGAGUUCGCAACUAGAGAUUCCAGGAGCUCUCCUCCACGAAGCCUGUUUCUACGGUGGCGAAAAGAUUUAUCCCCACUGAUGAUACCGAUCGUGGACAUGGUGACACCGAGAUUUGAAGGUCCUUUCCCAUAAUCUGUGCAUAGGCUGACGAUUUUAUCCGGUGCGGAACAGGGGGAUUAGGAUUCAGGAUAGUUGCAUAACACCGAACAGCGCGCCGGACGGAGGCCUGCUGGCCGUCGGAAUAUCGGAAGGAAAACAAGACUAUCGUGUUCUAUUGUCGGUCGGUAUAGCAGCAGGAAGCAGAGACGGAGGAACUUGACUUCUCUUUGAACGUAGGACGAGCUACGACGGAGCGGAGCUUUUUCUUUUCGAGCUCGCCAAAAUAAAAAGGAAUUAGUAGACAGGAAAGCGGUACCGUGUUGUAACAUACUGAAACCGUGUGUGUGUGUGUGUGUCUGUGAGUUUAAGGGUGCGGAAGCACCUUUUUCUUCCAAAGAGCAAAGAGUGUCGUAAACAAGCCCGCAAAGGGCGAAGAAAUCACAGAGGACUGCAAGAAAAAAAAAGUGCUAUUUAUUACCGGAUAUCUUCCGACCGUUUGGAUUGCAAAACGGAGUGUGCAGUGUGUGACAUUUUUGGCUUCAUUUUUGCGCUUUAUCCGCAUUUGCUGGAGUGCCGGUGCGGUGGUGAUCUACUGAAAACCCCAAAACAGUCAGCCCAAAACAAGCCGGUAAAACUGGAGGACGUAAAUUAGCAAAUUGGUUAACACGCGGCAGCAGUUAAGCGGAGAAAAUGGGCAGAAAAAAGAUACAGAUCUCACGGAUAACGGACGAGCGGAACCGACAGGUGACGUUCAACAAGCGAAAGUUCGGUGUAAUGAAGAAAGCGUACGAGCUGUCGGUGCUGUGUGACUGCGAAAUCGCCUUAAUUAUCUUCAGCAGCAGUAACAAACUGUACCAGUAUGCCAGCACCGACAUGGACAAGGUCCUACUGAAGUACACCGAGUACAACGAGCCGCACGAGUCACUGACGAACAAGAACAUAAUCGAGUUACAGGUAAACGCGCAGAAGGAGAACAAAAAUGGCACCAUGUCACCGGACUCGCCGGAACCGGACGACAACUAUACGCUGACGCCGCGCACCGAAGCCAAGUACAACAAAAUCGACGAGGACUUUCAGAUCAUGAUGCAGCGCAAUCAGCAGCAGUCGGUCAGCGGACGGCUCAACAUGGGCGGCAACAGUUACUCGUUGCCGGUGUCGGUGCCGGUGAUCGGAACGUACAAUGAUUCCAGCAUGCUGCAGAGCAGUCCCCAGAUGCCACACAAUAGUAUUAGUCCGCGGCCUUCCAGUUCGGAGACGGAUUCAGUGUACCCCUCCGGUGGACUGCUGGAAAUGUCUAACGGAUACCCACACUCGGCGUCGCCCCUCGGAGGAUCUCCUAGUCCCGGGCCCAGUCCAGGUAUUGGCACGCAUCAGCAUAACAAUAGUAACCAUAACCAUAACAAAAUGCAACAUCAAUCGAUGAAACAAGGUUCACCGGGAAGUUCCAGCGCGCGGUCAUCCAAUCUUCGGGUGGUAAUACCGACGCCGAUGAAUCCGACCAUCAACGCCGAUGAUAUUUCUUACGUGGAGCAACAUUCGCGGCAACAAAGCAACUUGAAUACACCGGUGGUGGCACUGCAGACACCGAUUCCCGGUCUGUCCAGCUACACGACAACGCUCGGUUCGUUCGGUGCCCAGGACUUCUCGAUCAAUUCCGACUUGAGCAUGAUCGCAUCGUGGGGCGCCGCGGCAGCCAACAAUGCUAACAAUUCACUCGGGCAGCACUCCAGAAUCUUUUUCAGUAGUGGUCUGCCCCAUCUAGCCGUGUCGAACAGUACUCCCCCGCCGUCCACUUCGCCGCUGUCGGUGAAAAUUAAGGCGGAACCGAUAUCGCCUCCCCGGGAGCAUCACUCGUCGUCCCACCAUCAUCACAGCAAUCUGAGCGGUGCCGGUGGAGGUGGUGGUGGAGGGAACAGCGGCGGCGGAGGAAGCGGAACCAGCGGCAUCCACGGACAGAACAGCAACCAUCAGCUCACGGUAACGUCGAUGGCCUCGGUGGGCCACAGUAACUCGUCGGCGUCGCUCGGUAGCAGUUUGAACCAUUCGCACCUGAUACAUUCGAGGCCUUCGUCGACGGGGCACCUCACACCGACGCCAGGUUCCCCUCUGUUUGCAGGUUCCGUCACACCCACCAACGCACCGUCGCCGGUCGACAUCCGGCACAUCUCCGUCGGCGGUGGUCACCUGCCCGACUAUGACUCGCCGGUGUCCUCGAACGCCCAUAAAAGACCAAGAAUAUCGGAGGGAUGGGCCACAUAGCCCUCGAAGGGUGGUGGCAGUGUCCAGCAGCAACAACAACAACAACAACAGCAGCAGCAACAACAACAACAACAACAACAACAGCAGCAACAACAGCAACAGUGUUUCCUCGACGACAACUCGAACCCGAUCCAGCUGACCAAUGACA